UUGAUCUCUUCGGGAUGGAAUGAUUUCUUAAAGGGUUAAUAAUUGCCUUCGGUUCUGUGUUGUUGGAUAAUCUGUACAUGCAGAUCUUGCUCUGUCAAACUUGAUGGCACAGCUCAUCGCAUAGAUCUUUAGGCCAUCUGAAAAGUCGACGCCCAUACCUUUUAUCAAAGCGAUAACACAUGACGCGUUCCGCUAAAGUUUAAACUCAUUAGAGGCAGGGCUGUUUAGCGGGUCACGUGACAGAGGUAUAUGGUUUCACACCUGUUCUGUGCGUUUGGUGGCUGACGGCUCGCGGGUGAACGUGAUGGACUGGCGGGUAUUCAGUCCACCGGUAAUGGAAGGCAUAGAUUAGUAAUGUCACAUGGCUGAAUCAAACUUGUAGGCAAAAAGUUAUACAGUAUCCGUCACUCUACUCAAGUACCUUUACAGUUGCCUGUAUAUAGCCUAGGAUUUGUUAUUCUUCCGAGAAUAGGCUACGGGGACGAACCUCUUUUGAGACACAUUUUGAACAAAUAACUUACUUUUUUUUUUCAAACCAUGGCGUUAUCUCAGAUCCACUGUUUGGACAACAACAAUGUAAACCCCCGGACACACGAGUCCAAACCGGAAUUUUUAUACUGUGAGGACCAGAGGCUCGCUCUGGAGGCGCUGCUCCAAGACGGCAGCGAGGCGUUUGAGAAGUUCCUCUGCUCGCAAAAAGUGCGGAACUUUCUAUCUGACCCCGAAGUAGACUGGCUUAGGGAGACCGUGGAGGUGUAUGACCCGGGCUUAGAGCACUUUCAGGUGGACCCAGAGAGUGAUGAUCCCACACUAUCUCUCCAGUACUGGCCGGAGCGGUCUGACUGCUCCUUGGCCGAGCUGGAGCUGGGCUGGCCGGACAGCUCUGCUUACCGGGGAGUGACGCGCGUCAACGUGUACACGCAGCCGCCACUGCACGAGCCCACUCACGUUAAAGAAAUGAUUAGAAGAACGAUAGCUCAGGCGCAAAAGGUGAUUGCCGUGGUGAUGGACGUGUUCACUGAUGUGGACAUCUUCAGAGACCUGCUGGAUGUUAGCUUCAAGGGGAAGGUCUCCGUCUACAUCCUGUUGGAGCGGACUGCCAUUCCUCACUUCCUGUCCAUGUGUGAGAGAGCAGGCAUGCACUCCGGACACCUGAAGAACCUGCGAGUGCGCUGUGCGGGGGGAGCAGAGUUCUAUACACGUUCCUGUAACAGGGUCCGGGGCAGGCUGGGACACCGGUUCAUGUUUGUGGACGGAGACAGAGCUGUGUCUGGCUCCUACAGUUUCACCUGGAUGGCGUCACGUUUGGAUAGACACCUGGUCACCGUGGUAACGGGCCAGGCUGUGGAGGCCUUCGAUCGGCUGUUCCGUGACCUCUACCUGACCUCCAGUGCCGUCAGCCUCAGCAAGGUAACCAUGGAGACGGAACCCCAACCCGAGCCCCUCCCCCAACCCGCCGCUGUGGCUCCUCCUUCUGCUGCUGUUGCUAGGAAACUCAUCAACCCCAAAUACGCUCUGGUUACCCUGGGCAACAGUGCUAACUCAAGCCCCGCCCCGUCAAACAAGGACAGCGCCAAGGACUCCAACUCCCAGAAUCCCAAGGGGCUGACUCAGAAAAAGAGGGUUAAAGAGCCAGAAGAAGCCCCACCGCUUCACCCUGGAUUGGCCGACCUAGAGAAGGCCUACCUGAUCCCCUACCUGCCCACCUGGCCCGACCCCGACCCCCCCAGUGAUGUCAUCGGCUUCAUAAACGUGCGUGACUCCAGCCGACCCCUGCAGGUGCACCUUCAGAGGUCAGAGAGGUUUGAGACAAGCCACGCCAUCAAGUUCAGCUCCCCCUUCAGCAGGCCUGAGACCCCAGACCUGACCCAGCCUGAAGCUGUCAUCACCCCAGACCUGAACCAGCCUAAAGCUGUCAUCACCCCAGACCUGAACCAGCCUAAAGCUGUCAACACCUCAGACCUGUCCCAGCCUAAAGCUGUCAACACCUCGAAACCUGAACACAACCUCAACACACACACCCCUUCACCUGAACCCAACCUCAACACACAGACUCCCAACACUGGACCCAACCUCAACUCACAGACAAAUACGCACACUUCAAACCCUAACCCUCAUAAGCCUACACCCUUCCAUCCCACACACACUCAGACUACCACACACACCCCUAACCCUACC